AUGUUCUCACGGGCUUCAUCCUACUCAUCUCACAACCCCAAGUUAAGGGCCUCCUGCGAUACCUGUUUUUUGGCGAAGGUCAAAUGCAGUAAGGGUCGCCCAAUGUGCUCCCGAUGCCUCGCUUUUGGAGCAGAGUGCAAAUACAGCCCAUCCUCUCGAGCCGGCAAGCCGAAAUCAGAGCACAAAGGGAGCCGAUCUUCCAAGAAGAAUAGAUCGAUAUCAGAAGACACAGCCGUUUUCAGCCCUACCGACUACUCACCACCGGCACUGAGCACCGACGCAGAAGAUCCAGCAUCUUACUUCCCAGAGACAGACUGGUCGACAACACCAACCUCUGAAGCCGACGGAUAUGAGACUCAGCGUUUUGUAUCCCCUCCUCUCAUACCGGUAUAUGGCGACCACUCAUCUGAGUCAAACAGCGCAGCGAGUACUGUAGAUACACACGACCCAUAUUCAUAUUGGACGCACUCGUCACCGACCUACGUCAAUUCCCCAUACCUCCACAAUGUCGACUACUUGCACCCAGAUGAUGUCACUGAAUCGUCCAUCUCGCCAACGGCUCCCUGGGCUGAUCACUCAAACUCGUUCCAGUUCUCAAAUUCAGAUCCUUGCGAUCGACGACUCGGGUCAAUGCCCAACCUCUUCAUGGAUGAGUGUUUGGCGAGAACGACGACUUGCAACUGCUUCAACUCGUGUCUCGAAGCACUCCAGACACUUCACAAUUUUAAUGCGGUACCACCUGCUUCAUCUUUCGAUAUUGUCCUAACUGUGAACCAAAAGGCGAUGGAGGUAUGUUCAACAACGCUGAACUGUUCGAUAUGCAACUCCAGAUCAGGCUCCAACCACCGUACCAUGCUCUUAGGAACCAUCCUUGGGAGAAUUAUCCUGAUCUACCAAGACGCGUCAAGGGACUAUUUUGGCCCGGCAUCUGAACCUGGUAGUCACUCGCUUCCGCUCACUUUUGGUGUCUACAGAGUAGCGAGUGAGGACAUUAGAUGGAUGCAGUUGGUGAUCAUUCUCCGGGAUCUGAAGAAGUUCAAGGGAUUGCUCACUAGGUUUCAGAAGACGGCAAAGGGGAGCGAGGCAGAAGAGGAUAUCGAGAUGCAUCGUGCAGUCACCAAUCGCUUGUACCAGAGUUUGAAUCUCACAUGCCAUGCGUUGAAGAAGCACAAGGACUUUUCAUGGGGCCAAGUUGAUUGA